AAGUAAAUGUAAAACGUGAUUAGUCAUACAUUGGACACUAAUAAUAAAUAUUAAAGAUCACUGCAUAACCGAUAAUUGAUUUAAUUUAAAUAUUUUUGUGAUCUUCACAAAACUUAUGUUAAAUAUGGUAUUUUGCUUUUGUACAUUUUUAAACUUUACUAAUAUAAUCACGAUAGAGUCUCACGAUUAGUCUCGUGCUAAUCAAAUUUCAAAAUGUUUCGUAUAAUAUUUUUUAUAAACACAAUAUAUUUGUAAAAAGUUUUUAUAAGUAUACGAAUAUCUUUAAUAGUAUAAGCUAUAUGUGUGUAUUCUCGUUCAAGUAAUCAUGUUUUCACCUGCUCUCAUUUGUGGAUUUGAUUAGUUCAUCGAUUUGACGUAAAUCACUUGUCGCCACAGGGAAAGAAGUUAAAUAUCGGCAUGCGAUCUAUCGGUAAGUUGUGCCGCGGGAAAGGUGAGCGAUCGCCGAUAGGCAAACAGAGAGGGGAUAAAUUCGUACACCAGAGUACAGGAGAGAUACAGAAUGGCACAGUAUAACCGGGUGCGUGGCGCGAAACAGGUAGUGGUAUAGUUUGUUGAAAUAAGAGAUCAUUUUAAUUAAUCAGUUUUAUCUAGAAUUUAUCAAAUACGACCGCAAAAUCGUAUUUAACGAAACAAUUAAUAUUUUCAAUCAGUUUUCGAUCUGAUUCGAUCACGAUUGAAGUGUCUUCUGAUAUUUGCUAUAAAAAAACAAUUCAAUAUUCCGAUACUGCGCAACUCGAUAUCAAUCAUUUUUAAUUUUUAUUUCGAUAUUUCCUUUUAAUCCUUGGAGUUAUUUAAAAGAAAUAAAACUUCCGUCGCUCUUUAUCGCGCGUAGCAAUAAUUCUUAAUCGUAGUAAAUUUAUAAUUUAAUACCGAUAAUUCAUAGUACGACAAGUCAAGGAUUUUAUUUUGUGAAUCUUGCUUUUCUUAUGAAAAUAUAAUAGCGGAGAAAAUUGCUCGAUUAAAAGUUUACUGGGAAUGCACGCAUCCAUGUACGCGCUUUGGACUACGUCCCCGUAAAAAUAAAAGAAUUAAAUCAAAAGAAGAUUACUAAAAAUUCGAUGUGUUUAUGGAUUCGAAAAGAGCAGAUUGAAAAGUAUGCUGACUUAUGUUUCUUACAUAUUAACCAUCGGAUGGGUCAGACUUUUCUUCCAUUGGUAUCCUCAAUUACACCUCUAUGCUACUCACAAUAAAUGUUCUUUGAAUUGUGCCACAAAAUUGCUUAUAACUUAUACAGAAUUUAUUGAAAGAUUUAGGUAGCAAUGAUAAACAGCUCGCCGAGAAAAUGAGAGAUAAAAAAUUGAUGAUUAAUUUAGAAAAUGGUACACAGUGUCAAAUUUAUGAGUACAAAGCUUUUUGGUGUAAAAAACAAUGUUAUAUCUGGGACGUUACGCAAAAUACAUUCUCGAGAUUGGUAGGUUUAGACAAGUACACGCUAUGCUCGGAUCUUAAUCUUAGUAAGAAUCAUGGACUUUCUAAAGAAGAACAAUGUCUUAGGUAAUGACAAGAUAAAAAUCUUACAUACAUAAUGAUUUAUACAUUCACAUUAUUUUACAAUUUCAAAAGAUUUAUACUAAUUAAUCUAGCAAAAACAGCAUGUUAUAUUAUUUUCUAUUUUUCUCUAAUACUCGAAGCGUUAUUCGAAAUUAAGGAUUAUUUUAUUUUCAUUUAAAUAUUUUUUUUCCAUUUUAUAGACGGAUUGUAUACGGUAGCAAUGAAAUAAUUGUUCCUGUACAAAGCAUAGGCGUACUACUAUUGUUAGAAGUUUUAAAUCCAUUUUACAUUUUUCAAGUUUUCACUUUGUGUGUAUGGUUUGCAGAAGGCUACUUAUAUUAUACCGUAGCAAUCAUAUGUAUGUCAUUGUUUGGAAUUAUCAGUUCUAUAAUACAAACUCGUAAGAAUCAAAUUAAUCUACGUGGUACAGUUACAUCUAGGGAAACAGUUCGGGUGUACAGAAACUCUAAAGUAGAGAAUAUACCGAGCAAUGAUUUAGUGCCAGGUGAUGUCAUAGAAUUACCCAAGCAUCAGGCUACUAUUGUUUGCGAUGCGGUACUUUUAACAGGACAAUGCAUUUUAAACGAAUCGAUGUUAACUGGGGAAUCUGUACCAGUAACGAAAACUCCACUGCCAUCGCAUCACGUUUUAUACGACUCUAAAGAAUGUUCUCAUCAUACGAUGUAUAGCGGCACUACUAUUAUUCAAACAAGAAGUUACAACGACCGGCCGGUUCUAGCUCGAGUUAUUCGAACAGGAUUUCGUACGAGUAAAGGAUCUUUAGUCGCAGCCAUUUUAUAUCCACCUCCUGCAGAUUUUAAAUUCGAUCAAGAUUCUUAUAAAUUUAUUGGCAUAUUAGCUCUUAUCGCGACAUGCGGUUUCAUUUACACUAUUGUGACUAAGGCCUCCAGAGGAAUUACAGCCGGAGAUAUAGCAAUAAAAGCCUUGGAUAUAAUAACAAUAGUAAUUCCACCGGCAUUACCAGCAGCAAUGACGGUGGGAAAAUUAUAUGCUCAAGUACGAUUGAAACGGGCACAAAUAUAUUGCAUUAACAAUAGAGUUAUUAACGUAUCUGGUAGUAUAAAUUGCGUGUGUUUUGAUAAGACUGGUACUUUAACAGAAGAUGGUUUGGAUAUGUGGGGUAUUGUACCUUGCACAAAUGGUAUCCUGGGUAAAGCCGAAAGAACUAUUUCCAAAUUAAAUGAUCAUCCUCUUUUUGAGGGAAUGUUAGUUUGUCAUAGUUUAACACUAAUAGAUGGUGUACUCUGUGGAGAUCCUUUGGACGUUAAGAUGUUUCAAAGUACUGGAUGGAUAUUAGAAGAGUUUAAUAAUGAACAUUCAGAUAAAUGUGAUCUUAUAGCAUCGACAAUCAUGAAACCGCCAAAAAACAAUAAUUUCACACAAAAUAUGAAUAAAAUCUCGGAAAUUGGAAUAGUGCAACAAUAUCAAUUCUCAAGCUCUCUCCAACGAAUGUCUGUGAUAAUACGUAGUUCGAAUAUGUUCAAAGCCUACACAAAAGGAUCACCAGAAAUGAUAUUUAGUUUAAGCAAACCUGAAACUAUACCGAAAGAUGUAAUGGUCUGUUUAAAAUAUUACACAGAACAAGGUUACCGAGUGAUAGCUGUGGGACGAACAGAAUUACUCGAAAACACUAAUGAGAUAACAAAAUUGCCUCGAGAUGCAGUUGAACAAAAUCUUGAAUUUCUAGGUUUAAUUAUUAUGGAAAACAGGUUGAAAUCACCAACUAUACCGGUUAUCAAAGAGUUGAGAACAGCUAACGUACAUGUUUUGAUGAUUACAGGGGAUAACAUUCAGACUGCAGUGAGCGUUGCAAAAGAAUGUGGCAUUUUGUCGCCGCAAGAAUCUGUGAUAGACGUGACAGUAGUUAUGGAGGAAAAUAAAUUACAGCCUGAGAUUUAUUUCAAUGCUCAAGAAACGUCUCCGAAAUUAAACCUUCAUAAUAGAAAACUUAACAUAUCAAACUUGAAAGAUAUAGAACGAAAUAUGGACAGUACCAAUUAUCGGUUUGCGUUAACGGGUCAAUCAUGGCGAUUGUUGCGUGAGCACUAUCCUGAUAUCGUAGCAAAAAUUUGCGUCCGUGGCGCAAUAUUUGCCAGGAUGACUAGCGAUCAGAAGCAACAAUUAGUGUUAGAAUUAAUGCAACUUGGUUAUUAUGUCGUGUUGCGAGCCCUUUCACGUCCAAAGUACCGGAUAUAACAUGCGUACCGAAGGUGAUAAGGGAAGGUCGUGCUGCCUUAGUUACAUCAUUUGGAAUUUUUAAAUUUAUGGUUACCUAUUCUUUGACGGAAUUUUUGUCUGUUAUUAUUCUCUAUUCGAUUGACUCAAAUUUGACAGACCUAGAAUUUCUGUUUAUUGAUAUCUGUCUUAUUGUUAAUUUCGCUUCCUUUUUUGGAAAAACUCAAGCAUAUGAAAAGCAGUUAGUAAAAAAGCCUCCUAUGACUAGUUUGCUAAGUUUUACUUCGAUCUUCUCUUUAUCUGUACAUAUGUUAAUAAUGACAAUUUUUCAAGCUGUUGCUUAUCAUGCGGUUCGCACUUUUCCUUGGUUUACACCAUUCAUUUAUAAUAAUGAAAAUGCAUACAUGUGUUACGAGAAUUAUUCUGUUUACUGCGUCUCUAUGUUCCAAUACAUAACGAUGGCUAUCAUAUUUUCACGUGGAAAGCCAUAUCGAAAAGCCAUUUACACAAAUACUUCAUUUAUAUUUUCCAUAAUAUUAUUAAUCAUUGUUUGCACUUACGUUACAAUUUAUCCUGCGAAUUGGAUAAUAAAUAUGCUUCAAUUACUUGUACCUCCAGUGUACGAUUGGAGGAUUAUUAUUUUGAUACUUGCGUUUGCGAACUUCGUACUUUGUUUCUUCGUUGAAAUGUUUGUAAUAGAAUAUUUAAUUGAAAAAAAGUUCAAAUCAAAAGUUUAUAAACUUGAAAAGUCUAAGAAGAAAUAUUUGAGAAUAGAACACGAAUUGAGGAACAACUUAAGUUGGCCAACGCUUAGUAAAGAAUUACCAACGUUACCAUUGUCGCCAAGUGUAGAAAAUAUUAUUAAUGUAACAAAUUCAAAAGAGAGAUCCUAUAACAAUAAGACCAAAAAUAAUUUGGAAAACAAUAAAACAGUAGAAUUAAUUAAAAGCAAUAAUGGAUUGUGCGUAUUUGAUAACUAUUCAUUUGUUGAUGACGAGUCUCCGCGAAACAUAAGUAUGAUAACUAAAGUUUAAAUUAUAUUCUGAAAAUGCUUCAUCCUAGUUUAAAAUCUUUGAAACUAAUAUACAAUGAAAUCUUAUUUAUUUACAUCACUUUUAUGUUCAACCUUAAUGCUGACCAUCAUAAUUGAUCUACUUCUGUUUUACUAUAUUUUAUUGUCCAAACAAAUAAGAGUAAAGUGUGGAAAAUCCUAGUGAACCUGUAUUGUCCGAAUUAUUUAUCUGUUUUGUCCUACGUAUUCGAAUAAAUGAGAUUUCAUUGUAUGUACAUAAGUAUUACGAAGUAUUUUCGAAACUUUAAAAAUAGUAUAAUGCUGCAAAAUAAUACAAACAUAUAGAGAUGUUUGUAAUUGUUAUAUAUAUAUUUGUAAUGUUAUGUAUCUAUUUAUAAUAAGUAUUAAGUAUAUAAUUUAAUAUUAUUAAUGACUGCAUAUUGUCAGCAAUGCUCUAAUAAUAAUUUUUAAAUAUUUGAAUAAUAAAUUAAUGAUUUAUUAAAAAACACGAAAAAUAUCAUUUUUUGUAAAAAUUUAUAGUAAAAUAUAAAAUUAUUAAAGAAAUAUAUACUUAUCUUACUUAAUAGAAAAUUUCGGUAUUUAAAAAGUAAAACAAAUUACAUAUCAUAAGACGAGAUUGUUUAUGGUCUUCAGAUCCGAUAAUUUCAAUCUUUUUGGCGUUUUCUAUAAUGUUUUUGUAAUUUAUGAGAAGUUCUUUUUGAAUCCAAUUUCUAUAACGGAGUACAAUCUUAUUUAUUAUCUGUAUUGUAUUUUCAUGUAUUUUUGAUUUUAACAAGAGAUUUGGCAAAGUUGAGAUGAAUUCUUUAAAUACAUUUUCCCUAUGUAAUUCUUGCAACGUAUGAUCUAACAUUAUUUCGCUGAUCACAGAAAAUAAUUGUAACUGUAUUUCUCUUUUUAAGUGAUUACAACAUGCAUUUAUAACUAAUUGUAAAGUUUCAUUCAAAUAAAGUUGAUUUUUGUACCAAAUUUUACUUGCUUUUAAAAAUAAUGUUCUCAGAAGCUUAGUCAGUUGUGGUAGCAUAAUAUUAUUUAUGUCAGACCAAUUUUUCAGUUUUUCUGUUAGGAAAAAUGUCUUUAAUAUAUAUUAUCAAUUUAAUUGAAAAUUCUAAAAGCAGAUUUUACUAUUUAAAUAUUACUUUACCAUUUAAAUAUUUAAUUAUAGAUGUGCAAUAAUUUUUAUUUAAUUUAGACAUCAUUUUAUCAUCAUUCUGUAGUGAUGUAAACCAUAUAUAAAUUUGACAAAUGCCUAAAUUNCUUAAUUUAUGGUAUGGAAAUCUUGAAAGCAAUUUUUUUAUGUAAGAGCUCUGGAAAUUACUUUUAAACCAAAAUUUGAUAUUUACAUCACUUUUUGUGUGCAAUAUAUCAAUACAUUCAAUUAUUAAUUGUAUUAUUGUUAUGAUAUUUUUUAAUAAUUCCAAUGCCUCUGUAGAAAUAAAAACUACAGAAUUGUCAAUAUUUUUUUCAUCAGGACAUACUUCAAGCCAGCUGUCAAAUAUAAGUGGCAUUAAUAAUUCUACGUAUUUCACAAAUUCAUCUGCAUCUGAAGUGUUAUUAAUGUUAUUAAUGUUAUUUUCUUCCACAUCAUUAAUUCUUUCAAAAUCAAUUUUACAAUUUUGAAAAUUAUAUUUUAUAUUGGUAUAAGUAGGAAUAUAUCUAAUAUUUUUAUUCACAGUUAUAAGUUUUACACUUUCAUCUAAACUGAUAUUCUCUUGAGAUUUAAAGAAAGUAACCAUGGAACUAAACAUAGUAGCAAGCCUUUCUAAUACUUUUAUCCUCCAUUUAACAUUACUAUUCUUGGAGUUUAAGGUUGUUACUAAUAGUCUUCCGGGCUUCAUUUCUGUAUGCAAUUUGGAAAUCAUAUCUAAAAAAUUUGGCAGCACUUUAUAACUGUUUUUUGCCAGAAUAUUGCUACAAUUUUGCACAAGUACAUCCAAGAACAGUAAAGCAUCUUCUUUGAUGUAAGGAUCAAUAUGUGUCAUAGAACAUCUCAAAUAAGAAAUCAAUACAUCACAAUAUGGAUUAAGUUGAUCAUUAGAAAUUGGUCCAAGGAUUAGACUUAAAACUUUCAAAGAGUCAUGUCUAAUAUCUCUUUCUUUAUCGAGGGAGAGUGCACAAACACCUUGUAAAAGAGGUCCAAAUUGAGAACUUAACAAUUUAAAAGAAUGUUUUGAUAAGAUUUCUUUCAAUUCUUUUACAGCAUUUUGUCGAACUGUCGAAUUAUAAUGUUGUAAACGUGACAACAAAUCCUUAAUAUUAAGUUUUCUCUUGCUAAGUAUUUCCAUCUUAUCAUGCUGUUUUAACUGUUCUCGUAUAACAAUUGUUUUAACUUUAAACGAAGGAUCCAUAAUAUUUAAAUCUUUUGGUAAAUGUUUUAUUUUUUUUGCUUUGAAUUUUGUUUUCAUUUUCUCAGACUUUAAGCGUUUCAAAUAUUUAUGAUCCUUAGCCAUUAAUAUAAAUUUCUACGAUACAUGCAGCAAUCACGUACUUUCAAGUGCAACAAGCUGAAGUGAUGUGUAUAUAUAAAUGUGUAUUUCUUUACUCUGACGUCGAAUGUAAUAUAAAUUUCUUUAAUUUAGGGAAAAUAAUUUGUGAAUGUCUGUAAAAAAAUUUCUUGCUUCACAAAAUCAAUGUUUUAUUCUCAAUAUUAUAUUAUUAUAAUAUAACAAUAUUAUUGCCAUAAAACUCUACAACCAUAUUAGGUUAAAUUAUAAAAAAUAGUCGUAUAUUCAGUCACAAAACAUUAAUUCAAUUAUAGAUUUAUCAUGACAAAGCAGAUGUUUGACCGAGACAAAAGUUUUUCAGAUAUUAUCAAUGAACUGUGAAUUACAAUCAAUUAAAAUAUUGUGAAUGAAUCAAAUAAUAUACUAUAGUGUAACACUAAUUGUGUAAACUUGUAAUAAAGUAAUAGACAAAAGUCAUUAAGCAAUUACUUUUUAAAGCUAUGGAAAAUUUAAAUAAAAAAUCAAACAUAAAUGCAACAAUGAUUUUUUGCCCUCCAAAUAUUACCUUUACUGAUAUUUGGGUAAACCAUGGAAUGUCCAAAUGCUUUAUGGACACUAUCAGUAUUGCUGUUAUUUCCUCAUAUUUAUUAAUUUUUGGUACAAUUCAACUUUGGAUAUAUCAAAAGUAUGGAACAGAAACUGCUGGGACUCUGUUGUCCAGAAAUAAAUUAUACAAUGUACAAAAAUUUUUCCUUUAUUUUGUUCCAAUACUUAGUAUAGUAAGAAUAAUUCUACAAGGAACAAUCUUGGAUGAUAAUCAAAUAUAUGGUUAUAUGAUUCUUACAACAGUAUUAACAAUAAUUAUAUAUCCAUAUUCGAUGUACAUAUUAAAAGUAGAGAGACACAAAUUGUUACCAAGUGUGCCACCACGAGGACAUGGACUUGUAUUAUUGGGUUUUUGGACAUUAGCAUUUGUUGCAGAAAAUCUUGUGUUUGUUAAUAUUGGAAAACUUGAAUGGUGGUUUCAUUUAAACACAUUAACAGAUCAGAUUGAGAUGGCACUAUUCAUUCUACGUUAUGUCAGCAAUCUUAGUAUCUUUGCUUUAGGACUCAAAGCGCCAGGUAUAACUGGCAAUACAGAUUCUGAAUAUCAUACUUUGAAUAAUGGCCCAGCUUUACAAGCAAGAUAUUAUCAAAGUAGACCUGAGGAUACCAGCUCUACAUGGAAAAAUGCAUGGUAUAAAAUAAAAACUUUAGCACCAUUCUUAUGGCCAAAGACUUUUGUGCUUCAACUUCGUGUUAUUUUUUGCUUUGGAUUACUUAUAUUAGGACGUCUAAUUAAUUUAUAUGUCCCAAUUUAUAAUAAAAAAAUAGUAAACAGUGUCACUGAUACUCCUGAUUUAUUCAGAUGGGAUCUUAUAUUAAUAUAUGUAACAUUCAAAUUCUUACAAGGCGGUGGUACAGGUGGUAUGGGAUUAUUAAAUAAUCUUAGGUCAUUUCUAUGGAUUCGUAUACAACAAUAUACAACCCGAGAAAUAGAAGUGGAAUUAUUUAGACACUUACAUGGAUUAAGUUUACGUUGGCAUCUAGGAAGAAAAACUGGAGAAGUCUUGCGAGUUAUGGAUCGCGGGACAGAUUCUGUAAACAAUCUUCUCAAUUACAUUUUAUUCUCAAUUGUUCCAACAAUUGUUGAUAUCAUUGUAGCUGUUGCAUUCUUUGUUGUUGCUUUCAACAAGUGGUUUGGCUUAAUUGUAUUUCUAACUAUGAGCCUUUAUAUAGUUGCUACAAUCUUCGUUACUGAAUGGCGUACUAAAUACCAGAGGCGCAUGAACUUAGCAGAUAAUGCUCAAAAAGCACGAAGUGUAGACAGUUUACUUAAUUUUGAAACUGUCAAAUAUUAUGGAGCAGAAUCAUACGAAGUUGACAAUUAUAGAAAAGCAAUAUUGGAAUUUCAAGUUGCAGAAUGGAAAUCAAUGAUAACAUUAAAUAUUUUAAAUACUUUACAAAAUAUAAUUGUUUGCAGUGGUUUACUUGCUGGUUCUUUACUUUGUUUGCAUAUGGUUGUAGCCAAACAAGGUUUGACCAUUGGUGAUUAUGUCUUAUUCGCAAGUUACAUUAUACAGCUUUAUGUCCCACUAAAUUGGUUCGGAACAUAUUACCGAGCGAUACAAAAAAAUUUUGUUGAUAUGGAAAAUAUGUUUGAUCUUCUGAGAGAAAAUCAAGAAAUUAUCGAUGCUCCAGGCGCUGGUCCAUUAAUAGUAAAACAUGGUCAAGUUGAAUUUUCAAAUGUGACAUUUAGCUAUACACCUGAGAAAGUUAUACUAAAAAAUAUUAGCUUUAUCGUGCCAGCAGGAAAGACCGUUGCAUUGGUUGGAGCAUCUGGAGCAGGAAAAUCUACUAUUAUACGCUUACUAUUCAGAUUUUAUGAUGUGGAGCAGGGUGCUGUUUUGGUUGAUGGUCAAAAUAUUAAAACUAUCACUCAAAGUUCUUUAAGACGAGCAAUAGGUGUCGUACCCCAAGAUACAGUAUUAUUUAAUAAUACUAUAAAAUACAAUAUUCAAUAUGGACGUAUUGAAGCUGCAGAUGCAGAUAUAAUAUCAGCAGCUCGAAACGCAGAUAUUCAUGAGCGAAUUCUUUCAUUUCCAAACGGUUAUGAUACACAGGUUGGUGAAAGAGGUCUUCGUUUAAGUGGUGGAGAGAAACAACGUGUUGCUAUCGCGCGUACAAUAUUGAAAGAACCAGCAAUCGUACUUUUAGAUGAAGCAACAAGUGCACUCGAUACACAAACAGAACGUAAUAUUCAAGCAGCAUUAAAUAGAGUGUGCGUUAAUCGAACAACUAUUAUCAUAGCACACAGAUUAUCCACGAUAAUACAUGCCGAUGAAAUUCUUGUUUUGAAAGACGGAGAAAUCAUAGAGAGGGGCAAACACGAAGAAUUGAUUUCUUAUAAUAGAACAUAUCAUUCCAUGUGGGAGGCACAAUUGCAAAAUGAUCAAGAGGCUACCAAAGAUUCAAAUGAUGAUGCUCCAGAGAGUGAAACAAUGAAAUCUUAAUUACAUUUGAUUUCGUUAAAUGUAACAAUUUAUUUAAGAAUUACAUAUAUGCGAAAAUUUACAGAGAUUUAUCUGUAUUACUAAGAAUUCUAAGUUACUUACUUAUUAGAAAAAUAUAAAUUUGAGUAAACAUACAUAUUUUAGUUUAUUAUUUAUUUUAAAUUUAUAUAAAAAAUAGAGUGGCAGUAGUUACUUUAUACUUCUCUAAAUAAUUUACUAUAUCAAAGCAUGAUAUAUUAUCAUUGAAAAUGAUCUAAUGUGAGUAUUUCUACAAAUUAAAAUUUCAUUUUUUAAGAAAGUGAAUAAAUUAAUAUUUAUAAUCACUUUUAAUAAAGUUUCUUAUUAAUAUUAUACUUGGUUUUAAAUAAAUAUUUUUAAUUAAUUUUUUACGCUUAUGUUGUAUCUUUUAUUACAUCAAAGUUUGUAAUAGUUAAUUUCAUUAUACAAUGUUUAUUUUUUUUAUGUAACAUUAAUCACUUUGUUCUUCAGACUGUGUUUGCAUAAUUUCAUUUGCGAACGCUCCGUCUGGAACCCAACCAGAUUCAUCAAUUGGAGAUGUUACAAUUGUUUCUUGUACACCCCAAAAAUAAUAACUUAUAAAAUUUAUUCAAAAUUGACAGAAUUACUUUGAAAGCGAUUUUUGUUUCUUGUGUAACCAUAUUGAGAAAUCAUGGAUGAAGUUUGUUCAUUUCGAUGACAGGGUCUUUAUAUAUUUUUUCCUAUCAUGAAAAAAUAACUUUAAAAAAGAUUUAAUAUUAAUAAAAAUUUGAUUUAAUAUUGAUAUAAAAUUUAUAUUAAAUAUCAGAUUUGUAAAUUUUCUAUAAAACUCGACUGCGAUCAAUUUCAAAGAAUGUAUUUAGAAAAAAUUAUUUGUAAAUAAUUGACGUACAAUAAUCUAACUUAAACUGAUCACCAAUCUCAAUGGUGUGACGUGUGUCAAAAUGUUUACAUAUGAAUAAAGAUAAUACUAUAAUAAUAUCAGGUAGAAUUUUUCUUUUAUUAUGAGUAAUUAAAGAUGAACAGCCUCGGUUUAAGCCUAAUUUUAAAAAUGGGUUGUACAUGCUCAAAAGAAACGAUAACGGUAAACUCAAGAAAUUAUACGGUUCGUGAACAUCUUGGAGAAGGUGGAUUUAGUACUGUAUUCUUGGUAGAAGAUACAACAAUUCACAAGAAAUAUGCCAUUAAAAAAAUCAUUUGUCAUGGAUUGGAAGACCAAAGAUUGGCAGCAAAAGAAAUAGAAUACUAUAAUCUUGUAAAACAUCCAAAUAUUAUAGAGUGCAUCGAUUUUACUUAUAAAGGAACAGAUUCUAUUGUUAAUGCAACUAGUGAAGUAUUAAUUGUUUUACCAUAUUAUCAUAGAGGAACUCUUGCAAAUGAAUUAGAAAGACAUGCUAAAAGUAAAGAUUAUAUGAGUGCAUCAAAUAUUUUAAAUAUAUUUUUACAAAUAUGUGAAGGUGUAAAAGCAUUUCAUGAAGCAAAGCCAGAACCUCUUGCUCAUAGAGAUCUAAAGACUGCGAAUAUAGUCCUUGACGAUGGAAAUACUCCCAUCAUAAUGGAUUUAGGUUCUGUAGCACCAGCCAGAGUUAAAAUAUGUGGUUCACAAGCAGCACAAACCUUGCAAGAUAUAGCAGCAGAAAGAUGUUCAAUGCCGUACAAAGCACCAGAAUUAUUCAAUGUUGAAAGUUACUGUAUGGUAGAUGAACGAACAGACAUUUGGUCUUUAGGAUGUAUUCUUUAUGCACUAUGUUACUUUAAAUCACCGUUUGAUGCGGUAUAUGAGAGAGGAGACAGUGUUGCUUUGGCUGUAAUGAGUGCAAAUAUUACAUUUCCAGAAGAUGCUCCUUAUACUGAGGAUAUGCAAAAUCUGAUUUUAACAAUGUUAAAGGUAAAUCCUAUGGAACGUCCUUAUAUAUACAGCGUUAUAGAAAACGUACAAGAUUAUAUCUUGAAAUUAGAAAACAAAGUAUAAUUGUGUAAAAAGCAAUAAUUUUACUAUUUAUUCAAACAUUUAUGUACAAAAAAUUUUUAUGUAUACAUAAUGUUUAUUAUCCUGCAAAAAAACAACCAAUGUAUGGCAAUAUUAUAAUACAAUAACGUAAAAUGAAAGUUUUAAACAAACAAGGGUUACUUCGAUAUAUUACUUUGAUAUUUUAUUUCUAAAAAAGGAAAGCAAAAAAAUUAUAACAUAAGAAAGUGACUUUUCCAACAAGCAAUUUAUAUACAUAUUAAAUAUGUAAAUAUUACCAUUUUAUAAUACAUUUACAUAGUAUAAUUGGAAACACAAACAUAAUAAUAUAUUAUAUAUUAAUAUAAAAAGACAUUGUUAAUUAAAUUAGUUUAAUAGUUUUUUCAUACAAGUUGACAUGAAUAUUAUUUUAUUACUACAAAUAAACUGCUAUGAAUCAAGCAAUUUUUACAAAAAUAUUAAGAGCGUGAUUUAAAUAAUUAAAUAAAAUAAUCAUAUAUUAUAAAAACGUUUAUCUGUAUAUAUUUUUAUAUAUAAUGUAAUGAACAUUAUUUUUUGUUUUAAUAUUACGAAUACUGAAAAUGAAAAUUUUCUGGUAUUUUAUCGAAAUAAAAGUCAUUGCUUUGCGUUUAG